AUGCCGACCACACGCAAGACUCACCAGCGACACCAAAGCAACAACGAGCCCCCUCGAGCAGAGCGAGGAAGCCCAGUGCUAAAGCGCUUCAGCAGAAACAGAGAUGAGGACUCAGACUUGGAGACAAUCACGGUGGCCGGGGAGGAAGGUGGACCCUGUGCCCGAGGACGCAGAGGUGCUCAAGAGACGAGUGAAGCCACCAUCGCGGUCGUGCACCUUGUGGCUGACCUGAAAGAAACCAUUGCGAGCCAAAGCGACAUCAUCCGCGAGAUUCGGACUGAACUGACGGAGAUCAAGAUCGCGCUCCAAGCGCUGGAAAGCCGGAACCGAGAACCGCGAGAGGACUUGAAGUUACUGGCAACGUAUCAAUCUCUAUCUAGCGUCAUUGCGAGCGAACGCACCUGGCAAAUUUCGUCUCUUCCUUUCGCUCGCUCAACCCAGUUAAGCCUUGGUCAAUCGUUAAAUCUAUGGGCCACCACAAAGCUCCGUAAGAGCGCCUUACUCGCUUCUUGCCCAUAA